AUGUUGUCCCUAUUUAAUGUUGUGCUAGCGUUGGUCCUUGUGAUUCACGUUGUCCUUUCGCGAGAUGAUCAGCGAACGGUCCAAGUGAUUUUAAAACUCUUGUCUGACACGAAUUGCCAUGCAACAAUUGUCGUCUCUGAUGAAAACCCCGGACACUACACCGAAGGAUUGGUAAAUACGUUUAUCAACAUGCAAUCUAAUCCUAUUAUUCUUCCGGAACUAUCCGACCGGAAUCAGAAGAGAUAUAGAGAGCCAACCUGUCAGAAUGCUGUUCUCUUUGGUAAUGAAAUCGCAACGUUGACGUCCUUAUAUCGCGCAAUGAAAAGCCAAUUUAAAAUCAACAAUGCGUUGAUCGUUGCCCGUUUUUAUCCGGAAGACGCCAUCCGACUAUUGUUCGAUAUCCAGGAGGAGAACGUGUUCGUCUUACUGGAGAAAAAUGGCAGAGAUUUGGAACUCUAUUCUUGGAAAGUCAAUAACAAAACAUCAUUCGUGAUUAUUAGAAACCAAUCGGACGUGACUCUAACAAGAGAACGGAAUCAUUCAACCAAUCUAUCGGGACGGCAUCUAAUGAUUGGCACGCUGGCCUUUCCUCCGACCAUUAUCAUCGACGCUGAACGAAGGAUUACAGGGUUUGAACCUUCAAUCAUCGAAGCUCUGUCUUCUCACUUGAAUUUCACCUACGAAUUUAUUCAAACAUCACCGAACGAAAUGUGGGGCGAAAUACUCGGUACGGACGACAACCACACGGUCACUGGACUGCUGGGCAUGCUUGUCCGCAAGGAGGUAGACAUCGCAGCUGGUGGACUGUACAUUUCCAGUCCACGUGUGCCUUACGUCGAUUACACCGAGAUCUACAAUUGCGAGUACGAAAAAUUUGUCGUUCUAGCUCCGCGACCUUACGGCAAAUGGACGGCCCUUUUCUAUUCGUUCACGUGGCAAACUUGGUUAGCCACCAUCGUAUCCGCUUUCGUCGUGAUUGUAAUGCUCCGUUUCGUCGCUGCUUGUUCGUCGCGUUAUAGAGAAUCUGUUAACAACGACGUGUUUGCUGAUUUCCAGUAUUGUUGUCUCUACGUCAUCGGGAACUUGUCCAACGUGCAGGUCCAACCGCAAAACAUCACGUCCGGCUCUAACCGGACAUUUCUCAUCGGUUGGCUGUUUGCCACGCUCAUCCUGACCACUGGCUACCGUUCGGGACUGAUAUCUUACAUGACUUUCCCUUUCACGCCACCUACAAUCGAUACACUUCAACAGCUGGUCGACAGUCCCUUACAGAAGAUCGUUUUCGCCGGCUUCUUUAAGUCGAUUCUCAUGAAUUCGUCCAACGAAUUAGAGAAGAAAAUUGGAGAACAAUUAAUUCCGCAUUAUAAUUUAACUGGAAUGUUUGUGGAGUUAGAAAAGGGUUCGUUUGCUAUUGAAUCCAGUUUGAAUAAUAUUCUUUACAUGACGGCUUUGAUGUACCCGACGACCAGUGCCGGCCCACGGGUCCACCUCAUCAAAGAGAAUCUCCUGCCCGCCUGGGUAGCUUUUGGCUUGCAGAAGAAUUCUCAAUUGAAACCUUAUUUCGAUAAAGAGAUCCGACGUUUGACUGAAUCUGGUCUCGUUGAGCAUCACAUUACGACUUUCGCGAAGAAGUUGGUCAAGUGGAACCCUAAGAAAGCCAACGAUCGCAUCUCGUUCUCGCUGGACAGCUUGCAAGGGGCAUUCUAUUUGCUCGGUGUAGGUAUCGUCGCUUCGAUUGUUGUGUUUAUAGUCGAAAUAGGUUCAGCCUCGAGAGUUUUUAAGGUUGGUAAACAAUAG